UUUUCUGAAUCGUGGCUAUCACAUGAUACGCAAGUUGCGUUGUUGUUGAUGAGCCAUCACGCAACGCAAUCAGUAUCGUACGUGCUAUCGCGGAAGAAGGUGUGUGAAACUUGGCUCUGUUCCGUUUCUGGAAGUCACCUCUUCCAGCUAUGCAGGCCAAGUUGAUCGGCACUUUGAUUCUUUUUUACUGCUUUAUUUCUUGUCUAGACUCCCUUCCUGCAAGCAGAAAGGAGCUUCGAGGAAUAGGAGGCCGUAAUGAUCGAAGAGGCCUCACGACAGCGAACACAGAGUCCUUGGUGAACAUAUUAAAAAAAACAGAAAGUAUUGGGCAGGGUUUGACAUGUACCAUAUGCAAAAUUGGAACAGGCAUCCUCCAGUCAUUUCUUGAGCAAGGAAGCACAGAAGGAGAAAUCGUUAAACUGCUUACAAAGAUAUGCAUCAAUUUGAAGAUAGAGGAUACUCGGGUAUGCACUGCUGUUAUUCUUGAAUUCAAAGAUGAAGUUUUGACAGUUUUCAACGAAGCUGUUGUUACACCGGAUGAUGUAUGUGGGACGAUUCUUGGCCAAAGCUGUGCCAACGCUGGAAGUGCCUAUGGACCUUGGAAUGUGACAUUUCCCAAAUCGAAGAGGGGAAUAAAUCGGAAAGCACGGAGCUUCGUUGUUGAUAAAGACUCUGUUGGCUCAUCAGUAUCAAAAGUGCUACAUUUAUCUGAUACACAUGUUGAUCAAAUGUACAUGGAAGGUGCAAACACUCAAUGUGGUGAACCCUUGUGCUGCAGGAAAAGUAAUGGAUUAGCACCCAAGGGUGUAACUCCAGCUGGAAAAUAUGGGUACUACAACUGUGAUACACCAGUCAUCUUAUUGGACAAUAUGUUGCAGCAUAUUAAGGAUAACCAUAAAGAUAUUGAUUAUGUUCUUUGGACUGGAGAUGUACCAGCUCACAAUAUUUGGAACCAAUCUCGUCAUGACCAGGUUUCUGCUUUACAAUUUGCUGGUGAAACCCUCUCAAAGUAUUUUCCAAACCUGAAGGUCUUUCCAUGCAUUGGAAAUCAUGAAGGAGCUCCUGUAAACAGCUUUCCUCCCCCGUUUAUCAACGAUGGACAUUCAAAUGAUUGGUUGCGAAAAGAACUUGCAGCCCUCUGGGGAAGGUGGCUGCCUGCAGAUACACAACCAACUAUAUUGAAGGGUGGUUAUUACACAGCCCUUGUUCGCAAAGGCCUUCGUAUAAUAUCGCUGAACAUGAACUACUGCAACAACAUGAACUGGUGGUUGAUGAUCAACAACACGGACCCUGCCGGACAGCUUCAGUGGAUGAUCGGCGUUCUGGAGGGUGCGGAGAAAAAUAACGAGAAGGUCCAUGUGAUUGGACACAUUCCACCCGGCAGCGGUGAUUGCCUCAGCCACUGGAGUUGGAAUUACUAUGAGAUCAUCAAACGAUACUCUCACGUGAUCACUGCUCAAUUCUUUGGCCACACACACCACGAUGAAUUUGAGAUAUUCUAUGCAAACGAUGACGUGAAAAUGCCAGCCAAUAUUGCGUACAUUGGCCCAAGCGUCACCCCAUAUACCAACUUGAACCCUGGAUACCGAAUUUAUGAAGUCGAUGGCGAUUAUGCGAAUAGCACACAGGCCGUUUUGGAUCACCUUACAUAUAUCAUAGAUCUUGCAAAGGCGAACAAAGAAGAAAAACUCAGUUGGGAACUUGAGUAUAGAGCAACGGAAGCAUUUGGGAUGAAAUCUCUGUCGCCAUCCGACUGGAAUGAUCUUGUCAACAGAAUGAAUUCCGAUGACGCUUUGUUCCAGACAUUUAAUAAAUUCUUUUAUAAAUCACACCCCGAGAAAUGCACAGGACCUUGUAAGAAAUCGACUCUUUGCCGCUUAAAAAGUGCAAGAUCAACAGAUGUCAACGUCUUCUGCAAAUUUGAAACCGAGGCCGAAUACAAAUGGUACAAAGCAUUCAAUUUACUAAUGAAGAAAUGUUAAUUUGUUAAAGCCUGAUAUUAUGUGACGACUUCUGACUGAGUUAAAUCGUGUUUAAUUAGAAAAAAAUAGAAUAAUAGCAAAACAGUUUUAUACUUUUAGAGAAAAUGGUCACGCGACAAAAUCUAGAUUCAUCGAAUUGUUAUAUGCCUUUAUGGAGACAAAGUUACCACAAUCUUUCCGGAUUACCCGUUUUUUAUCUCUUUUGUUCUCAUUUUUCAACAUAGUUCCGAAUCUUGGAUAGUCGUAUCUUUCAAUAACUGAUACCUUCUGUUUCCCCAAAGCUCCUUUUUGGCAGCAAAAUAUUAUAUCUAAUUCGAAAAUUCAAAUUUGUAUGGCUUAAAGUAGAAAUAUUGAAGGAAAUAACAAAAUAACGUUUUUUCUGCCAAAUCGUGGCGAUAAUUCAUAAAGCAAAUUGUAAAUUCUAUAGCAAAUAAUAGUAAUCCAACCUCUAUAAUUCAAAGGCAAUCUACAGAUACUAAAGUUGUUUAAGCUAUGUCUGUCAUCAACAUUUAAUUAGCCAAUCAUUUAACGUGAUACAACUUACACGCUUAUUGAUUGGCCAAUAGUUGAUUGGCAGUUGCUUAAGCCACUUUGGUAUCUGUCUAUUCUCUUUAAUUAAAGCGUUUCAAGAUGUGUUAAUAACAAUUAGUGGUUUAAUAAAAAAGAAAGGUUUAAUUUGUUCCGUAGAGGUUCUGUUGAAAAAUUGAAAGUGGGAGAAAAAUAAGAAUGUAGAAAAAAAGGAGAAGAUAGAGAAAAUGGAAGUGUCAACUUCUCUCCACUUUUCAGUUUUUCAACUGAAUCGGAACGCAGGCUACUUGCUUAAAGCGCUGUAUGUUAAUUUAUUAUUUUGAUUUGUGUAAAUAAGUGUCUUAAUGUUGUUUAUAUCUAUGAUUUAAGCGCAGAUUAAAUAUGGCUUUAUAAUUGCAAAGAAAUCCGUCUUAAUGUUAGUGCUGUGUGUUAAGAAAAUUGUUGUGAAUUUGUUUGUGCGAAUCUGUAUAGCUUCGUUUCUGAUUUUGCUUUUAUGCCUUGUAAAAUUCUGAGUUAUUUUGAUUUGAAUUUGUUUGCUAGCCUGCUUAAUAUUUUGUAAAACGAGUCUGUAAAUCGUAUGGAAACAAGCAAAUUUAGUAGAUA